UGGACAUCAGGCUUUGUUCUGAGUCUGGUGCUGAUCCUGGGGCUGGUGUUAGAGACAGAUUCGUUCUUUCUCUACAAAAAGAUGAAGCAAAGGAUGAAGAGGGAGGUGGCAAAUGACGAUGGGCAUCAUAAUAAGAUAGACCUUCACACUACACACAAGAACGUCUCCGGUCACGAAGAACAGGACGACCAUGAACGCCAUGAAGGUCAUAAUAGUAGUGAAAGUCACCAAAGUCAUCAUGGUCAACAUGGAAGCCACGACAGUCAUGGAAGUAGUGGAAGUGAGGAACAUCAUGGUCGUCAUGGCAGGCACCACGACAGUCAUGGAAGUAGCGGAAGUGAGGAACAUCAUGGUCGUGAUGGCAGCCACCACGACAGUCAUGGAAGUAGCGGAAGUGAGGAACAUCAUGGUCGUGAUGGCAGCCACCACGAUAGUCAUGGAAGUAGCGGAAGUGAGGAACAUCAUGGUCGUGAUGGCAGCCACCACGACAGUCAUGGAAGUAGCGGAAGUGAGGAACAUCAUGGUCGUGAUAGCAGCCACCACGACAGUCAUGGAAGUAGCGGAAGUGAGGAACAUCAUGGUCGUGAUGGCAGCCACCACGGCAGUCAUGGAAGUAGCGGAAGUGAGGAACAUCAUGGUCGUGAUGGCAGCCACCACGACAGUCAUGGAAGUAGCGGAAGUGAAGAACAUCAUGGUCGUGAUGGCAGCCACCACGACAGCCAUGGAAGUAGCGGAAGUGAGGAACAUCAUGGUCGUGAUGGCAGACACCAGGACAGUCAUGGAAGUAGCGGAAGUGAGGAACAUCAUGGUCGUGAUGGCAGACACCAGGACAGUCAUGGAAGUAGCGGAAGUGAGGAACAUCAUGGUCGUCAUGGCAGGCACCACGAAAGCCAUGGAAGUAGCGGAAGUGAGGAACAUCAUGGUCGUGAUGGCAGCCACCACGACAGUCAUGGAAGUAGCGGAAGUGAGGAACAUCAUGGUCGUGAUGGCAGCCACCACGACAGUCAUGGAAGUAGCGGAAGUGAGGAACAUCAUGGUCGUGAUGGCAGGCACCACGACAGUCAUGGAAGUAGCGGAAGUGAGGAACAUCAUGGUCGUGAUGGCAGCCACCACGACAGUCAUGGAAGUAGCGGAAGUGAGGAACAUCAUGGUCGUGAUGGCAGCCACCACGACAGUCAUGGAAGUAGCGGAAGUGAGGAACAUCAUGGUCGUGAUGGCAGCCACCACGACAGUCAUGGAAGUAGCGGAAGUGAGCAACAUCAUGGUCGUCAUGGCAGUCAUCACGAUAGUCAUGGAAGUAGCGGAAGUGGGGAACAUCAUGGUCGUCAUGGCAGCGACAACGACAGUCAUGGAAGUAGCGGAAGUUGGGAACAUCAUGAUCGUCAUGGCAGCCACCACGACAGUCAUGGAAGUAGCGGAAACAAAGAACAUGAAGGUCACCAUGGCAGCCAUGAGAGUGGGGAACAUGACAACCACAAAGGAAAUACAAGUAGCGAAAGUCACGAAGACCAUGGCCAUCUCGACCACAACGAAACUCAUAGCAGUAAUGAAAGCCACGAACAUCAUGGUCGUCAUGACAGCCACCACGACAGUCAUGGAAGUAGCGGAAGUGAGCAACAUCAUGGUCGUCAUGGCAGACACCAUGACAGUCUUGGAAGUAGCGGAAGUGAGGAACAUCAUGGUCGUGAUGGCAGCCACCACGACAGUCAUGGAAGUAGCGGAAGUGAGGAACAUCAUGGUCGUGAUGGCAGCCACCAUGGCAGUCACGGAAGUAGCGGAAGUGAGGAACAUCAUGGACGUGAUGGCAGACACCACGAUAGUCAUGGAAGUAGCGGAAGUGAGGAACAUCAUGGUCGUGAUGGCAGACACCACGACAGUCGUGGAAGUAGCGGAAGUGAGGAACAUCAUGGUCGUGAUGGCAGCCACCAUGACAGUCAUGGAAGUAGCGGAAGUGAGGAACAUCAUGGUCGUGAUGGCAGCCACCAUGGCAGUCACGGAAGUAGCGGAAGUGAGGAACAUCAUGGACGUGAUGGCAGACACCACGAUAGUCAUGGAAGUAGCGGAAGUGAGGAACAUCAUGGUCGUGAUGGCAGCCACCACGACAGUCAUGGAAGUAGCGGAAGUGAGGAACAUCAUGGUCGUCAUGGCAGACACCACGAUAGUCAAGGAAAUAGCGGAAGUGAGGAACAUCAUGGUCGUGAUGGCAGCCACCACGACAGUCAUGGAAGUAGUGGAAGUGAGGAACAUCAUGGUCGUGAUGGCAGACACCACGAUAGUCAUGGAAGUAGCGGAAGUGAGGAACAUCAUGGUCGUCAUGGCAGGCACCAUGACCGUCAUGGAAGUAGCGGAAGUGAGGAACAUCAUGGUCGUCAUGGCAGACGCCACGACAGUCAUGGAAGUAGCGGAAGUGAGGAACAUCAUGGUCGUGAUGGCAGCCACCACGACAGUCAUGGAAGUAGUGGAAGUGAGGAACAUCAUGGACGUUAUGGCAGCCACUACGAUUGUCAUGGAAGUAGCGGAAGUGAGGAACAUCAUGGUCGUCAUGGCAGGCACCAUGACAGUCAUGGAAUUAGUGGAAGUGAGGAACAUCAUGAUCGUCAUGGCAGACGCCACGACAGUCAUGGAAGUAGCGGAAGUGAGGAACAUCAUGGUCGUGAUGGCAGCCACCACGACAGUCAUGGAAGUAGUGGAAGUGAGGAACAUCAUGGACGUUAUGGCAGCCACUACGAUUGUCAUGGAAGUAGCGGAAGUGAGGAACAUCAUGGUCGUCAUGGCAGGCACCAUGACCGUCAUGGAAGUAGCGGAAGUGAGGAACAUCGUGGUCGUGAUGGCAGACGCCACGACAGUCAUGGAAGUAGCGGAAGUGAGGAACAUCAUGGUCGUGAUGGCAGCCACCACGACAGUCAUGGAAGUAGUGGAAGUGAGGAACAUCAUGGACGUCAUGGCAGCCAAUUCGAUUGUCAUGGAAGUAGCGGAAGUGAGGAACAUCAUGGUCGUCAUGGCAGGCACCAUGACCGUCAUGGAAGUAGCGGAAGUGAGGAACAUCAUGGUCGUGAUGGCAGACGCCACGACAGUCAUGGAAGUAGCGGAAGUGAGGAACAUCAUGGUCGUGAUGGCAGCCACCACGACAGUCAUGGAAGUAGUGGAAGUGAGGAACAUCAUUGUCGUCUUGGCAGACACCAGGACAGUCAUGGAAGCAGCGGAAGUGAUGAACAUCAUGGUCGUCAUGGCAACCACAACGACAGUCAUGGAAGUAGCGGAAGUGAGGAACAUCAUGGUCGUCGUGGCAACCACCACGACAGUCAUGGAAGUAGCGGAAGUGAGGAACAUCAUGGUCGUCGUGGCAGCCACCAUGACAGACACGGAAGAAGCGAUAGUGGGGAACAUCAUGGUCGUCAUGGCAAUCAUCAUUAGAGUCACGAAUAUCAUGGUCGUCAUGGCAGCCAACACUACAGUCACUGAAUUAGCGCAAGUCACGAAGAUCAUGGUCAUCAUGGCAGCCGCGAAAGUCUUUGAAGAAGCGGAAGCCAGGAGCAUGCUGGUCAUCAUGUCAGCUGCAUGUAACUCACAGCGACACUCGCCCGAUAUUUCACAGUUCAACCAGUUCCCUGUAACCGUUUUCAAAUCCGAUAGAAUAAUAGUGCCUCGAUACUGGAUAUGUAGUCAUCAGUAUAUUAUGUCAACAAAUGUAGCAUCUAAAAUGCUCUUUAGCAUUUUAUUCCUUUAUUUAAUGCAUGAAGACUUAAAUAAAAAGAAGAAUUAAACCCGUCAAUCUGGCAGUUACGGAGAAGUUGUUUUGAUACAUCGCAAAAGACAGAAAGUAUUAAGGUCAAGUGAGCUGCUGACAAUGACUGGUUUUGGGACAACUUACCUUAUCUUAGUGUGCUGUACGUAUCAGUAUUUCCUUCUAUAAAUCAUGUAUAUACGUAUAAA